AUCCGCUGCGAGCACAAUCCAGAUUCACCUCGCCUAGGCUACUCCUCGUUUUGUUGCGGUGCAGCCCAUUCUCCCACCCUGCAGGGGGAGAACAGAAGAGAGAUGUGACGUGUGUGUGUGUGUGGUUUGUGCCGUUUCUUCCUUUCCUUCCCUUCCCCUUGCAGGAACCACAAGAGACCAUGGGUGACGGAGACAAGAACCCAGCUGCCAUGCCCACCUCGGUCGUUGAUGUUCAUGGAGAUGGGCGGUGGAUGUCCUUGCACCAGCGCUUCAUCGCCGACAGCAAAGACAAGGAGCCCGAAGUUGUGUUCAUCGGUGAUUCUCUGCUGCAGCUUCUGCAUCAGUUUGAGAUUUGGAGGGAGCUGUUCUCUCCUCUCCACGCGCUCAAUUUUGGCAUGGCAGGAGACGCGACGCAGCACGUCCUCUGGCGCCUGCAGGACGGGGAGCUGCAGCACAUCCGGCCGAAGAUUGUGGUCGUCGGCGUGGGCACCAACAACCACGGCCACACCGCGGAGCAGGUGGCAGCUGGCAUAGAGGCCAUCGUGCGUGUCAUCCAGCAGCAGCAGCCGCAGGCCCGCGUGGUCGUCUUGGGUUUGCUUCCGCGAGGGAAGAACCCCAACCCGCUCCGGGAGAAGAACCAGCGAGUGAACGAACUGCUGGAGGCCAAGGUGCCGCAGCUGCCCAACGCCACCUUCCUCAACGCCGACCCGGGCUUCGUGCACUCGGACGGGACCAUCAGUCACCACGACAUGUACGAUUACCUCCACCUGAGCCGCCACGGCUACGCCCGCUUCUGCCCGGCGCUGCACCGGCUGCUGCUGAGCAUGCUGGGAGAACGCAACACCAAGGCCUCUUGACCGCUCUGCUUCCUGUUCGGCAGGGACGGAGGGCUCCCCCCCCCCCUCUCUGGGCCCAAGGAAGCGGGACCACGGCCCGCCUUCGGUCUUCCUUAAACACAGAUCAUCCAGAGGUUCCUCUCCUUCACCCACCUGACCAAAUUGGAUACGUUCGCCUGGGCAUUCGGUUCUUGAAACAGUUGAAGCUGCUGGGUGACAGGGUGGUGUCAGAAAGCGCGUCGGCUGACAAAAACGCCAAGAAGUUGAGCAGAGAACGAGCCAGAGGAAACUUGCUUUUUGUUUACUUAAUAAAAAUGGUGCAUAUUUCCAAA